AGAUAGUUAGAUAGAUAGAUAGAUAGUUAGAUAGAUAGAUAGAUAGAUAGAUAGAUAGAUAGAUAGAUAGAUAGAUAGAUAGAUAGAUAGAUAGAUCUUUGUGAUGGUGAGGGCAGACUGAAGGGGUGGUGCUUCUCUCAUGGUAAUACAGGGCUGUAAAGAUGCACUCCCCUCACUGCCUCUGUCGGACUCUACAGCGACAACACACACACACACACACACACACACACACACACACACACACACACACACACACACACACACACACACACACACACACACACACACACACACACACCCGGCGCUACUGUUCACAAUGAAUGCUGUUCACAAUCGAUAAGAAUUGUUUAUUUUGCACUGCUCGAUUUUUUCGUGCAAUUUAAGAUUUUUACUGUCUAAUUUAUGAUGCUUCGGGACGCGUAUUUGAACCGCUGCACGCUCGCGGGCAAUGAGCAAUUUCGUUUGUUUUUAUUAUGCUGUUGUUUACAAUUCUUCAUACGAUGCUCUGCAGAUGUCGAGGAAAUACAUACGGAUGGACGUUGGCAUGGCGACUCAUCUCGCGUCCCUCACAACCUAGAGCACUAUAUCACUUAUCCACACUGGCACAGCCCUUCCCGACACAAAAGGUCCCAUGUGGGCACUGAGCAUCCGUCUGAGGCAGAGGUCAAGAUAACCGCAGGAGGAGAAGACCUGAUCCUACAACUUCAGAGAAAUCAUGAGCUGUUCUCCCCUGAAUAUCAAGAGAUAUGGUACGAUCCAAAUGGCAUUCGCCAGUUUUCCAGACCUUCUAAUAGGGAUCACUGUUAUUAUCACGGAAAAAUCAGAGGUAUUCAAGGGUCCAGUGUGGUCCUCAGCACCUGUGCCGGACUCAGGGGCAUGAUAACUGUCAACAACAGCUUGAGCUACAUGAUCGAACCGAUAGCUAACCAAAUACACUCUCAGGGACAUGUUGUGUACAACGCUCAGAGCCUAAAACUGCCAGUGGGCACCUGCGGACAUCUCCAUGGAGAUGGGAAUAACACAGAAAGCCUUCAAGAGUUACUUGAUGUGAUGGCACAGCCUCAACGGACCAUUAGGGAAAGAAGGGACAUCAGCAGUAGCAUGAAAUACGUGGAGCUGAUGCUGGUGGCCGAUCAUGCAGAGUUUGUGAAACAUGGUCGGGACCUUGAAAGGACCAAAAUGAAGCUGCUUGAAGCAGCCAACUUUGUGGAUAAGUAUUACAAAACACUGAACAUCCGUGUUGCCCUGAUCUGGUUGGAGAUCUGGAAUAAUGACGAUAAGAUCAGUGUGACCGUCAACCCCUACAGCACCCUGGGUGCGUUUCUGGCCUGGAGGAGGAAACAGCUGCCACAGCUGCCUAAUGACAAUGCUCAGCUUGUAACGGGCGUGUCGUUUCAGGGCACCAUCAUCGGUCUGGCACCCCUUAAAGCCAUGUGUUCUGAAUACCAGUCAGGUGGAGUUAAUUCGGACCACUCUGAGAGUGCUGUUGGUGUUGCUGCUACUAUUGCUCAUGAGAUGGGGCAUAACUUUGGUAUGAGUCAUGACAGUCGAGACUGCUGUCUCGCUCAACCUGAGGAUGGCGGCUGCAUCAUGGCUGCUGCCACAGGGGAUCCAUUCCCUCGUGUCUUUAACCCCUGCAAUCAGAAGGAGCUGAAUCGCUACCUGAGCUCAGGUGGGGAGUGUCUGUUCAGCCCUCCCAACACAAGGGUCAUGUACGGAGGCCAGCGCUGCGGAAACGGAUACCUGGAGGAAGGAGAAGAGUGUGACUGUGGAGAAGCGGAGGAGUGUUCAAGUCCCUGCUGUAAUGCCAACAACUGCACUCUGAAGAUCGGAGCAGAGUGUUCACAUGGAGUCUGCUGCCAUGAGUGCAAGCUAAAGAGUCCGGGAGUGAUGUGUCGUCCACCAUCUGGCUCCUGCGACCUGCCUGAAUACUGUGAUGGUAAAUCAGAAUCGUGUCCUGCAAACCUUUACCUGGUGGAUGGCUGCAGCUGUGCAGGAGGAAAAGCCUACUGUUACACGGGAAUGUGCCUGACACUGGAGCAACAGUGCCUCUCUCUCUGGGGCAAAGAUGCCCGCCCUGCUCCUGAACUUUGCUUUACUAAAGUAAAUGAAGCAGGUGAUUCCUUUGGAAACUGUGGCAAAGACCUGAUGGGGAAAUACAGAAGCUGCACAGACAGGAAUGCUAAAUGUGGCAAGAUUCAGUGCCUUAGUGCUGCCAGCAAGCCUUUAGAAUUCAAUGCUGUCUCCAUUGACACCAACAUCAGGGAUGGUCAACAGACGAUCCUGUGCAGAGGGACACAUGUGUACCCAUCAGGGCACACUGAGGAGAGCCAGGGAGACACUCUAGACCCUGGCCUGGUUCUGACCGGGACCAAAUGUGGCGAGAACGCGAUCUGUUUUGAAGGGGAAUGUCACAAUGCAUCUUUCCUGCAAGCAGAUGACUGCAAUUCCAAAUGUCAUGGCCAUGGGCUUUGCAAUAACAACCACAACUGCCAUUGUAACUCAGGCUGGGCACCACCGUUUUGUGACAAGACAGGCCCAGGAGGCAGUGUGGACAGCGGGCCUGUGAUUGUACACAGCAGCCUGUAUCUUGUCCUGGUUCUCCUCAUACUGUUUUUCCUAUUGGGAUUGGCUGUUCUGGCUGUCUGCUGUUGCAUCUGCAAACAUAAGCCCCGCCCUCUUAAAGGCUCUGUCCUUCCUGCUACCCAAAUACGCAUCAAUGUUCCAGAUUCCCAUGAGUGUAAAAGUCACAGCACAAGUCACGCCAACUCAGUGUUCCAGCCAAAGAAGCCUCACGCUGAUGAACAGCAGGCCAGUCCUCGGAUGAGUCCUACAGGUCCACCGCGAUCCAGACAUUCUAUCGUCCGACCCACUGUAAAGCCGCCUCCAAUCCCAGCCUACGCUGUGCAAAAUCAGAGUUUACAGGAUUCAGAGACUUCCAAGCCAUCUCCAUCCAUCCCCUCUAAAACAAGACCACUUCCCCCAAACAGACCCCUUCCACCCUGUCCUAUGACCAAACCCUCCCAGACUGCCGAAAUGGUGCCUAAGAAUGUCUUGCCAGUGUCACCAGCCAUGUUGCAGAAAAGGAAAUCUAAUCUAAUGCCCUCUACUGGACACUUACAGAAUGUCAGGUUCCAAACGGAAGUUUUUGGAAAGAGCUGAUUCUCAGUUUAUAAGAAUGAUCUGCAGCUCUGCACCUUGAAAACGUCCUUAAGAAUGACCAACCAAACUGUCUCACGCAAAGUGAUGCCCGCCUUAUUGACUUGAAAUCAGAAUUAUGGAUACAAUGUAACUUCAUUUAUUUCAGGGGGUACAAUUCCACUAUUCCUGUGCCAAAUAUGUUUCAUUUGUUAUUUCACAUCUAUGUAUUGUAUUAAAGAGACCUCAGAGGAAAGAUACAUAAAAAAUAUGGCAUUAUAAUCCAAUAAGAGCAUGAGUCAUCUGAAAGUUUAUCUUGCACCAAGAAAAGAAAUUGCAUGCAGUAGUAUAUUGUAAGUAUAUUAUAUAAACAGAGUAAACUGGAAAAUGGGAGUAAUUUAGAAAAAUCUGAUAUUUAAGACCGGUUUCAUUAUCAGAGAUUUAUCUAGUCAGUAACUGGUUUAGUGCUAUGGUAAAUCUGUGCUCAGGAAACCAGUCUAAAAAGAAUCAAGGAGUCAAAAACGUAAGGAGAUUGUGUGCAUAGCAAUAAUAGUUUAGAAACUCAGAUAAACUGUACGGCACUGGGUUCUUUGUAUGUUUAAUUGUGUGUAGUUGUAAAUGCUGUUUUAGUUUAUACAGUAACAGGUAAAAACAACUUGUCUUAAAGAGUGUGUGCAAUGAUGCUGAUAUUAAGGGAUGGAAGAAAGAGUUCACUUAUGGUGCUUUGUUUUUGAAUUCUUAAAUGAGAGAAAUAAGUGUUCUCACACCAUUUAUUAGAUAACACUUGAUUAAUCGUUCUUCUUAAUAAGGACAUUAAACCAGGGAAUGUAUUUCAGGUUUAAAACUGUAAACAUGUAAAUGUGUAUCUUAAGUUUAGUUCAUGGCCUUUUGGGAAGAAAUUGAAAUGUCUACUCUUGUUUUCUCUAGACGUAUAAUAAUAAUCUCUUCUCGUGCUUUAUGUUUAGGGAACAAUAUGACCAAUGUACUGGAUUGCUUACUUUUCAUGAUGUAGUUAAACUGUUAUUUAUUCAUAAUCUUAAGAUUUCAGAUGUAAUGUUACCAUAAUUAAAUUGAUUCAUUUUACGUGAAAGUUAUUAUGGAUCAGUGAGACAGUGUUGUAUAGUGGAUGUACUGUAAAGUUUGCUUGAUAUUACAGACUACAUAGAAAUGUCACUGCAGGUUUUUUUUUAUUUAUUUAUUUGUAGCUUAAUUUCAAUCUCUGGUAUGAAUAAAAAUGUUGUCCUACGCAAAAUGAGCUGUAAUGCAGUGCCUUCAAUGUCACAUCAGAAAUAA